AUGAGCGACUGGCAAGAGACACUCUCUGAAUGGACAAAGACCUUUCCCUACAUGACCUCCGAUACACAGGAAAGACUUCUCUUCAAGCUCAAAUCAGCAAACAUUCCGUCUCGGACCAUUCUAACUCAUUGGCCCUAUACUAUUGGAUUAAUCUUGUUCGUUUCUGUAUUCAUGGUUUCAUUGUUCUGUUUCUUCUUGUUCAUGGAUAUUUCUGGCAUGUUAAAAACUUCAAGUUACCAAGUGGUGCUGAAUAACAAUGAUGACAUGUUCAAUUGCACAAAUCCUAUGGUGCUUUCUACAUGUUCUCUUCUGCCUUCAUCAUUGAUGAAAAGAAAAUUAAAGCGUGAUGAGAAAGCCCACGAACAACAAUUUGAAUAUUUCUUUCAACUCUACAAUUUAAGUCUCUUCCUCACACACAAGUCUUCAAAAUAUGAUAGGAACGACUACAAGAAGAAUCCGAUACUUGUGGUCUCGAAUUUUACAUGGAAUGAUUUUUGUUUGUCUGAUGAUCCCGAAGAUGCUGAGGAAUGCUUCAAAGAAACCUGUUUUGAUACAAGAACCAGUUUCCUCGUUCGUGGGAAACCCUCCUUUACAGUUUAUGCAAGCAUCACUGCUAUUAACAAGUAUUCUGAUGAUUCGAACUACUAUAAUUCCGAUAGGUCCAGCAUGAUGAUGAUUUCUAAUACAGAUCUCGGACUCCAGUAUGCAGAGGAAUAUGAUGAGAAGGUAAAUAAUGCACUCUAUUGGGCAAUCAGUAUUGGAAUUAUUCUUGCAAUGAUGGUUUGUGCAGUCGUUGCAUCCCUGACCUUUGUGGCCUAUCAAGGAAAAGGCAAAAUUGUGUUGGGAAAGUAUUUCAAGAAGAAGAAGAGUUUCAAUAUCACCAAUAAUCGUGAUGAUGUAUCUAUUGAGAUGCAUAGUGAUUAUGGUGAUGAUGUAAAUACUGCAACCACAGCUGAAACAGCUUUUUGGGAGUCGCUGAAUUCAUCCUCUGUAAGAAUUGAGGCUAGAGCGGAUCCGUUAUCAAAUGUACCCACAAAGGCUUUCUUUAGAUAUAGUAAUAAUAAUUCCAAUCAUAGAGAAGUUACUAUUGAAACCUUAAUCAAGAGCGACCACAUCAUUCGGGUUCAUUUUUCCGAAAUGAGUUUAAUAGACCAUGAUGAAACCUUAAUUUCCUAUGAACACGUUUGUACAAGAACUAUGGAUACUGCUCGGCGUAAAUUCAGCCAACGUAUGGUAUAUUUCUUAUCCAUUCCUCUGGGCAUACAAAUACUGGGAACCCUUAUUAGCAUACUCAUCAGCCUUUUCACUCCCGUUUCGGUAGUUUGUGGUACUAUUGCCUCGAGCGUGUUUACUUUUAUUUACUUGAUGUUCUUGGUUGUGGGGAUGAAAUGCAUCGGCAUGCACUACAUGAUCACCAAUAAGAAGAUUAUUAUUAUAGAAGAAAUGUCUUGGAGGUAUAAUAUCUAUUGGAUUCCUUUGGAACGAAUUGAGAGAGUUUGGAGUAAGAUUGUGGUGGUUACUCCUCCGUCUGAUAAUAAUAAUGGUAGCAGUAGUGGUUUAUUAGAGACUUCACACUUCCACAAUAUUUUGGUUGCAUUAAGCAACAAUGGUAAUGAAAGUGAGAGUGGUGGUAGUUUGGCCGGCGUGUUGUUUGAGGGUGUACGUAGUGAGCAGAAUUAUUUGGAAACUCUAUCGAGAAAUGUUUGA